CUAUCCAUAUGUAAUACAUUCCACUACUACUUCCAUAUAGGAGAACCUAAGAAAGGAUUCCUUCCGAUCCUCCACUAAUGUCUUCUUGGACAAUUGUAGUUCUCUUAGCAGUGCUUGGAGGGCUCUGGUAUUUAUCCAUCCAUCUCCGGCAUGCAUCAAAGGCUAACCCACAAAGUGAUCAUGGUCGUCAACCACCGCCGGGUCCUCGGGGGGUUCCAGUUCUUGGCCAUCUUCUCAUGUUGGGUGAUCUCCCUCACCGUACUCUCCAUCAAAUGGCCCAGAAGUAUGGACCCAUCAUGCAAAUCAGGCUAGGCCUCGUGCCAACUAUGGUGAUAUCAUCAGCUCAGGCAGCAGAGUUAUUCCUCAAGACCCAUGACAACAUCUUUGCAAAUCGACCUUACAGUAUGGGUGCCCAGUAUAUGUCUUAUGGGAACAAAGGUGUGCUUCUCUCACAAUACAAUACAUAUUGGAGCGACAUGCGCAAGCUCUGCACAAUAGAACUGCUAAGUGCAGCAAAGGUUGAGUCAUUCAAGCAGAUGAGAAAGGAGGAGGUGACCCUCUUUGUUAGAUCUCUUAGGGAAGCUGCCGAAGCUGGUGCGGUGGUUGAUGUGAGUGCCAAGGUGGGAGCACUGAUUGAGGAUAUGACCUUCCGGAUGCUGAUUGGUAACAAGAUUGAUCAUUUCCAAGUAAAAUCAGUUGUUGAGGAAUACCUCAAGCUUGUUGGGUCAUUUAACCUAGCUGAUUUCAUUCCCUAUAUCGGAAUACUUGACCUUCAGGGAUUGGGUCGACGCAUGAAGGAAGUUAGUAAAGUCAUUGAUGGGUUUUUGGAGAAGAUCAUUGAUAAGCACAUAAACAAUCCUAAAGACAGUGAAGACAACCAGAAGGACUUCAUUGAUGUGAUGCUGUCUUUGAUGGUGGAAUCAAAACAAGGCUACAUGAUCGAUCGGGCUAAUAUAAAAGCAAUCAUUUUAGACAUGAUUUUGGCUGCAACAGACACCUCAACUACUACAAUUGAAUGGGCCCUUUCAGAACUCUUAAGGCAUCCUAAGGUAAUGGAAAAGCUCCAGGAAGAGUUGAGGAACAAAGUUGGCACAGAUCGGCUAGUGGAGGAAGAGGAUUUAGUUAAGCUGGAGUACUUGGACAUGGUCGUGAAGGAAGUCAUGAGGCUUCAUCCCGUUGCUCCGUUGCUACCUUCCCGUGAGUCCAUGGAAGACAUAACAAUCAAUGGAUACCAUAUACCCAAGAAGUCUCGUGUGAUUAUAAAUGCAUGGACAAUUCAAAGGGACCCUAAUGUGUGGGGGACUUAUGAUGAUGCUGAAAAAUUCGUGCCUGAAAGAUUUAUCGGAACUAGUAUUGAUGCCCGAGGACAUAGCUUCCAACUUAUCCCAUUUGGAUCAGGUCGUAGGAUAUGUCCUGGUGUACAUUUAGGCCUAACAGUUGUGAGACUAGUACUUGGACAAUUGGUACAUGGUUUCAACUGGGAGUUGCCCAAUGGCAUGUCACCUGAUGACUUGGACAUGACUGAGAAGUUUGGCCUAGCUGUUCCAAGAGCCAAUCAUCUACUUGUGGCUCUGAGUUAUCGCCUUUGCCUUUCCGGCAACAAUUUGUAAGGGGAGUACUACUUUAUUUCAGUCUUUAAAGGAGUUUCUCCACUCUGAAAUAGUUACUUGAGUCAUAGGUAAUUAAGAAGCAUGAGUUGAUUGAAACCGUGUACCAAUUUUUUAUGUGCAAGAGUGGGGGUAGUUAUAUAGAUAUGGAUGUGGUCAGUAGUGGAGUAGGUAAGUUAGUAAGUGGGUGGUUUGAUAAUUGAGUAAUAGUUAUCCCUAUUGUAAGCUUAUUUAUAGCUUAAUUAUCUAAUGAAAAGUGCAAGUCUAUGAA